CGAUACAAUCCCAACCUUCUGAGGAAGUCAACGGCUACGGGCAACUCGGUCAUGAUUUGUCUAGCUCUGGGGAGCAAGGAUAGAUCCGUUUCCGUAUGGACUACUCUUGGUCGCCGCGCCUUUCUAGUUGUCCGUGAUCUGUUCGCCAACUCCGUGAGCGAUCUCACUUGGAGCUCUGAUGGAAAGGAACUGUUGGCUUGCUCUCUUGAUGGUUCCAUUUCUUACAUGGCCUUCACGUCGGAAGAGAUUGGGGAACCUCUAAAUGUAUCUGAAGUGACCUACGGUCAAAGCCUCCUGGAUAGUCUCUCCUCUGAUGGACUGUCCACCCUGGGGCCCCUCACAUGUGAGGGCCCCCAGGGUGUGGCCAAAGCGGAUGCCAGCGGUGUCGCCUCUGCACCGGUCCUUCUAGAGACUCCCGAGGCCUUGGCUCUACAGCGCUCUCAGGCCGAGUUGCGCAACGUUAAGUUUGACCUUGGGUACGUUGAAAUUGUUAUAACGGAUGCCCAGGUCGAGAUAUUGCCGCCCAACGACGUCCUGUGUGAGUCCCCAAAGAGAGAACACGACAAGAAGGGUGCAAAGGCAAAAGUCUUUUUGUGUUUAAGGUACAAACAAUUUAGGUAA